AUGAAUGGCUUCGAAUCUAAGGGCCUGGACGAAGAUUCCUUCGGUGGCAAGCCUGGUCUGGCUGCCCUGAAGACCUUCGACGCCUUUCCCAAAACAAAAGCCUCCUACACAACCCCAACACGCAGCGGCGGCCAAUGGACCGUCCUAAUCCUCAUCAUAUGCACGAUCUUCAGCUGGUCGGAGUUAAAAACCUGGUGGCGCGGCACAGAAAACUACCACUUCAGCGUUGAAAAGGGCGUCUCGCACGAGCUCCAGCUCAACCUCGACAUAGUCGUCCACAUGCCCUGCGACCAGCUUCGCGUAAACAUCCAAGACGCAGCCGGCGACCGCAUCCUAGCCGGCGAGCUCCUCAAACGCGACGACACAAACUGGCUCCUGUGGAUGCAAAAGCGCAACGCCGGCGCCCACGAAUACCAGACCCUCUCCCACGAAGAAUCAGACCGUCUCGCCGAGCAAGAAGCCGACGCCCAUGUCGGCCACGUCCUCGGCGAAGUGCGCCAUAACCCGCGCCGCAAGUUCGCCAAGGGCCCGCGUAUGCGCCGCGGUAUCCUCCCGGACUCUUGUCGCAUCUACGGCAGCCUCGAGGGGAAUAAGGUGCAGGGUGACUUCCAUAUCACGGCUCGUGGGCACGGGUAUCGCGAGAACGCGCCGCAUCUGGAUCACUCGUCAUUCAACUUCUCCCACAUGAUCACCGAGCUCUCCUUCGGCCCGCACUACCCGACCCUGCAGAAUCCCCUCGAUAAGACCAUCGCCGAGAGCGAGGAGCACUACUACAAGUUCCAGUACUUCCUCUCGAUCGUGCCGACGCUGUACAGUCGCGGGAAGGGCGCGCUGGACGCGUACACGCGCUCGCCGCAGACGGCGGCCGCGCGGCACGGACGCAACACGGUCUUCACGAACCAGUACGCGGCGACGAGUCAGUCCACCGUGCUCCCUGAGUCGCCGAUGGUUGUGCCGGGUAUCUUUUUCAAGUAUAGCAUUGAGCCGAUCUUGUUGCUGGUCAGCGAGGAGAGGGCCGGGUUUUUGUCGCUGGUGGUGAGGGUUAUUAACACUAUUUCUGGUGUGCUGGUUACUGGUGGCUGGCUUUAUCAGAUUUCUAGUUGGGCUAGGGAGGUCUGGGGUCGGAGGAAGAAUAGGUCGUCGGAGGGGUAUUUGACGGGCAAGUCUUCUAUGGAUUGA